AUCUGACGUCGCAGUCACGUUUUCGGCCGAGGGCUCGACUUUUUCGCAGAAUAUUGAGAGUACAAAAGACUGGGCUACUUUUGGUUAGGGGAACUAUUGCAUCUACGUUCUUUGGACACCAGAGCUCGCAAUCAUGUCUCUAAACAAGCCCAAGAGCGACCUGACGGAGGAGGAGAGGAGGAAGAAGGAGGAGGAGGAAUUCCAAACUGGCCCACUCUCUGUCCUCACACAGGCUGUGAAGCACAACACUCAGGUUCUAAUAAACUGCCGAAACAAUCGGAAGCUUCUUGCUCGAGUGAAGGCCUUUGACCGACACUUCAACAUGGUUCUGGAGAACGUGAAGGAAAUGUGGACAGAGACACCGAGAGCCGGGAAGGGGCAGAAGAAAUCAAAGCCUGUGAACAAGGACAGAAAUAUUGCAAAGAUGUUCCUCCGUGGAGACUCUGUCAUUUUAGUGCUGCGCAACCCGGCAGCUGUUAUGCCUCAGAAAUAGUAGGAAAAUGCAAUCACCACAACAUGUACGAAAUUUUAUUGGACUUUU